UUCAACUGUUGGAAGGAGAUUCAAUCCCACCAUCCAUCAUCAUCAUCUUCUUCUUCUCUUCUUCCUCCUCCUCCUCCUCCUCCUCCUCCUCCUCCACCAACAGUAAAUCUGUUGUGGCUUAAUUAGCUUCGCCUCUGGAGCUCGUCACGCGUUCAAUUUGCAUGAGUCUCAUUCCACUUACGUGGUGCUGUCCCGCGAUUUGGGACCUCCCCUUCCCUUCGUCCACUUUCUGAAAGAUGAACCCUCAUAUAUCUGUUCCCCGCCAACAUGCCAGUCCAUUGAAUUUCGGCGGCACAACGCCUGCCAGCCGUAGAUCCAAUAUACGGAUGCCGCGCUUCUUCAAAAGGCUAUUCAAGUUCCCGCAGAUGGAUUUCGAGAUGGCAAUUUGGGAGAUGACCUCUCUGUUGAUUGCGCCUAAGAAAGUCUUCAAGUCAAUAUACUAUCAUGUGCAAACGAAGAAUACCUGGCAUCGCCCGGAUCCAUCUUUCACCUACCUGCUCUCCUUCUUCCUUCUUCUCACAGCCCUCGCGUGGGGCCUCGCCUAUGCGCCGUCGUUUGGAUCCAUUGUUCGGCUGUCUCUGAUUUUCAUCUUCGUUCAUUUCGUCGGGUCCUCGCUUCUGGUCUCGACGUUGGGAUAUCUCAUGAUUCCCCGCCUGUUCGGCCCUCACGGCGCCGCAGCCUCCCUCACGGGAUUUCGAGGUAGUCGUGGUCGGCGGCGUGGCGCGGCGCAGGGCUUGUUCACGCAGCCCGGUGAAAAGGACCAGCUGGAGUUUGGCUACUGCUUUGACGUAUCGAACCGGGCAUACUUUCCCCUUUAUCUGCAUCUUUAUGUAGUGCAGUUUCUUCUUCUACCACUGCUCACCCGCAGUCCAAGCAAUUUCCUGGCUACAUUCCUCGGCAACACGCUCUACCUGUCCGCACUGACAUAUUACACCUAUAUCACGUUCUUGGGGUACAAUGCCCUUCCUUUCUUGCACAACACCGAACUACUCUUGCUCCCUAUCCUAGCAGUUGCGAUCUUGUGGCUUGUUAGCCUAGUCGCCGGAUGGAGCCUGGUCAUGCAAGGCCAGAUCCUGGAGAUCUUGGUCUGGGGCGCAUAAGCACUGCCUUUUGUUCGAGCAGGUGCUCGAGCUGCUCCCCCUUCAAGAGCAUCUCCUCUUCAUUACCAUAGCUGCAAUGUAUGUAAGUCUUUCAAAGUUUUCUGCUCAGCGCUGGCGUAUAUGUCAUCUUGCGUUGGUGCUGCAACUACUCGGUCAGUCAUGGAUCACUGAUUCAUGAUAACAUCUUUCGCCUUCUCUUUUCAAAGAGGAGAGCCCGGAUUCCAGGUUGAAAGGAUUUGCAGGGUCUUUUGUCUGAUAACCUAGUCCUAAUGGAUGUGAACAUGCGUCGUCUC